CUCACAACAAACUUCUACUUGAGUGAAAAAAAGAAAAAUGUUUACACAAAAAUACGGUUAAACAGAACGAUAAUAUUUCAUAAUGCUAGACAAAUAUGGAGACUGGACAUACCCAUGACAAAAAUUCUCACUUUAACAAAACGAUUACAUUAAAGGACAAAGGUAUUACAAUAAACCAAAACACUAACUAAAUUCAUCAACUCAAUCAUUCCUUCACCACAAAUAUUACAAUUGAUCUAAACACUAAACAAUACAUCAGCCUAGUCAUUUCUUCCAUUUUCCAGAUUUUCGUUGAUGAACACCGUGCAGAAGCUCCAUUAAUUUUGAUAAAUCAGGACUGCAUACCUCAAUUAUGGUUUGUCAAUUGAGUUGGAGUUUGGUUUCCGCUAACUAAUAUCGGCGCCAAUCGAAUAACAUGAAGCCUUAAUUCGCAACCUUUUCUUCUGAAACAAAAUAAAGCUUGCCGUUCGAAACGUUGAAACAAAAUAAUUUUGUCUCUUGUUAAAAGUUGAAACUCUUACUAAAUAUGAAAAUACAUUUUUUUAAUUUGAAAAAGGACCACUAUCUUGUCAUAUUCUUCCCCACCCAGCUAGGAAAUAUUCAACUCAACUACUAUCUUCUUUGACCAUUAACCCGGUCCACCCGGUCCCCUCUUUCUCCAAUAUAUUCUUCUCCUCUCUCUUCUUAUUUUCUGAUCUCUCUCCAUUUCUUUCCCAUCCAUUCUCUGGAAUGCUCUCCCAUUGAUUUUCCAGUAAUUUAUUGCUUUUUUUUUGGAAUUUUGAAAAAAGAGAAAAAGGAAAAAAAAUGGCUCUGGAUUUUAUGGGACUGGGGUCUAAAAUGAAUGAGCAAAUGGCUUUACAAGAAGCUGCUUCUGCUGGGUUGAAAUCCAUGGAGCAUUUGAUCCGGCUAGUCUCCCACCAGCAACAACCCGACUGCCGGGAACUUGCUGAUUCCACCGUCUCCAAGUUUACCAGAGCUGUUUCCGGGUUAACCCGGACGGGUCAUGCUCGGUUCCGGCGUGGACCCGUCGUGAAUCAAGCUCCGGCGACUUCCAGUUCUCAUUCACCCCCGCCACCGGUGCCUGUUCCUCCUCCUAGCUCCCUUUUUCCUCACGACUUGAAUCUUGCUCCGGCUCCGGCGGCGACCCAAUCUCCGGCGCUGACUUUUCAGCCGCAGUCGUUGACCCUUGAUUUUACAAAGCCGAACCUGGUGGCGGCCGGCAACGACCGGAAAAUGAAGGGAUACGAGGUGGGUCCGACGGAUUGCUUCAGUAUUUCCCCGCCGGUGUCUACAUCGAUGAACUCGUCGUCGUUCAUGUCGUCGAUCACCGGAGAGGGGAGCGUGUCAAACGGGAAGCCGGGGACUUCGUCAAUGUUCAUAACUCCGGCUCCGACUGUUUCGGCCGGAAAGCCGCCGAUUGCUUCGAGAAAGUGUCGCGACCACGAUCACUCCAACAGCCUCUCUGGCCGGACCUCUGGCUCCGGUUCCGGCAAGUGCCAUUGCAAGAAGAGGAAAUCUAGAGUUAAGACAACUAUAAGGGUCCCAGCGAUCAGUUCAAAAAUAGCUGAUAUUCCACCAGAUGAGUAUUCAUGGAGAAAGUAUGGUCAAAAACCAAUCAAGGGCUCACCUUACCCACGGGGUUAUUAUAAAUGUAGUACAGUAAGAGGAUGCCCAGCAAGGAAGCACGUGGAGAGGGCAACAGAUGAUCCGACGAUGCUGAUUGUGACUUACGAAGGGGAGCACCGUCAUAUCCAAGGCGCGUCGCAGGCUAGUAGUUCCAAUUUUAGUGCUGGAGCAAGUGCGGGUACUUUAAUGGUAUUCGAACCGACCCGACAAACUGAGUAGGAUAUAUAUAUAUAAUAUAGAUAUUCCAAACCCUUUGAUGCUGACGUGGGAGCUUAGGGUAGGGUAAUUUGCUUUAUUCGAUGUACAUGGUUUAGUAAUUCGAGAUCGGGAAUUUAGGCCUAAUUUGUAAUGUGUUCUUUUUUUUUUAACUGAUACCAAUUGAAGGUGUUUUUUUUUUUUUUGUGGGGGUUGAAUUUUGCAAAUUAUACUGUCAUGCUUUGAGUGAAUAAAUUCUAAUUCUGCCAAAAAUUUGUGCAGAGCAUUUUUUUUUCUCUUUUUUGUAUUUUAAAUGUCGAAUUAAAAGAUUAAUGAAUUAUUCCUAGUUAUUACCAUUUAGAACUUGAGGACUGUCAACCUGAGUCAAGUCCAAUUAGUUAAG